UACGCAUGCACGUGCGCAGUUGCCGCAUUUUGAAAUACAGACUGUCUGAUCGAGGGGGAGAGAAUUAUCUGGGGCUGCACUCUCAUCAUAAUUAUUGUGACCAGAAGAAGGGAUAGAACCAGGAAAGCCUCAGACCAACAGAAACAUGCCGUCAAGUUUGUGGAUUGGGAAUCUUCGGCAUACCAGAGAUAUCUCCGCACACUAAAACACAAAGUGAUCUACAUGUUAAAUUACACUGUUUAUUUACGUACGUUGUUGUCAUCCUGGGCAGGUAAACAUUUCACAACAUCCCGGUAUUACUAUCAGUGUACAUACAUAGCUGCCAACCGUCCCGGAAUUAGCGUUAUGUAUCGGGUCAAGGAAGUUAGGUCUUUUUGUCCAGGAAAAAUUUAUUGAGCGUAUACUUACACUUGGGUAUCGU